AAGUCGAUAUUCUUGGUAUAGACGAUAAAGGACAAAUUAAUCGAUUAAUAUUUAGAACUGUGACUCAAACCUAAUAAUUUCUACAGCUAAGCAAUAUUCUAUGGUUAUUCGCUUGUUGUUAAAAAAAUCGAUUGCUUUGUUGCGAUCAAACUCCCAAACUCAUAUUCGUCAAUUUUUGAAUAUUAAAAGAAUUCAUCCUUCGGUAUGUAACCGUAUAAAAAUCAUAAGAGUUUGGCGAUUUGUAAGAAUAAUAUGAAAUCUUAGAUGCCUGACUUAUUUUGAAUAUUUAACCCAUCUCUCUAGCAAACCGCUUAAAAAAUUACAUCCAUUAAAUUGAUCAAUAGACAAUAAUAACAUAUCUUUGAUAAAAGAGAGAGAGAGAGAGAGAGAGAGAGGUUAUAAAUAUACUUGAAAUGAACACUAAACCUAUCCGAUUUGUAUAGAUUUCAAAUUAAAAUCACAAAUUAUCAAUCAGACCAAAAUCUAAAGAAUUAAUUAAAUUUAUUACACACUUUUCGUUGAAUAGAUUAGCAUGGCGCCCAGCUCUGAUUUAGCCAAAUUUCGUCAUCUAUUUGCCGAAGCUAAAAAUAUUCUAAUACUAACUGGAGCCGGGGUUAGUGCCGAGAGUGGUGUUCCAACAUUUAGGGGAGCAGGGGGAUUAUGGAGAACGUUUGCAGCUCAGAGUGUCGCAACCCCGGAAGCUUUUUCCAGAGAUCCAUCACUUGUUUGGGAGUUUUAUCAUUACCGUCGGGAAGUUAUGAGAACGAAAGAUCCAAAUCCUGCUCAUAAAGCAAUCGCCGAAUGUGAAGAGAGACUUGGCAAGCAAACUAGGAAAGUUACUGUUGUAACACAGAAUAUUGACGAGUUGCAUAAAAGAGCCGGCUCCAAAAAUAUUAUUGAACUACAUGGUUCUCUCUUCAAGGUCAAAUGUUUGACAUGUGAUGAAGUAACGGCGAAUUAUGACAGCCCUAUUUGUCAUAGUUUGGCAGGAAAAGGAUCUCCCGAUAAGAAUGCUAUCGACGCCAAGAUACCUGAAAAGGAUCUGCCAAGAUGUAAACCUUGCGGAGGCCUGCUUCGCCCACACGUCGUCUGGUUUGGUGAACAGUUAGACAAGGACGUUUUAGAGAAAACCUAUGAAGUGGGAACUUCAUCUGUUGUUUAUCCGGCGGCAAUGUUUGCUCCUGAACUUGCUAAAAAAGGAGUACCCGUUGCCGAAUUCAAUUUGGAAAAAACUCCAGUGACAUCCGACUUCCGAUUUCAUUUUCAAGGUCCAUCAGGAGAGUGGCUUCCAAAAGCUCUAGCACCACUUGAAUAA